AAACGUUACAAUUUGUGGUUCAUGCCGUCUGCCAAGCUACACUCAAAACAGUGGUGGACGAAGUGUUCAGAUCCCUUAGUAAAAGUACAAGUACCUCAAAUUUGUACUUGAGUGAAUGUGUUUAGUUGCUUUUCACCACUGCGGAAAGCUAGUCAGUCACCUGGAUAUGCUCAACAUUACAGCACAAUACUAACAUGACAGUAACCAACAGCCUCUACCCAAAAGUAUACAGCCUGUUUUUGAAUGAACUUGUUUGGUCAGCUCUUCUCACAAAGCUUUUUAGAUAUACCGAUCUACAACUUAUGUCAUCUUAUACAACAGCCCUGCAAUAAAGACCUAAAUCCUUGCGAUCUUUCAUAACUCGUCGGUUCCCUUUGAUGCUGAGAGGUUUUUUGAUCUGCCUGAAGUACAGCUGAAUUGCUUUCGGUCUACCUUGUGAAAAUCACCUCCACUCCAGCUUCCUGAUGAUGUGAAUCUGUGUCAACAACAUACAUAUUAUCAGAAAGUGCAGUAGGAGACGAAAAUCAGGAUGUCUAUCACCAACACACCUACCAGCAAUGAUGCCUGCCUGAGCAUUGUGCACAGCCUGAUGUGUCACAGACAGGGUGGUGAGAGCGAGACGUUUGCCAAGCGGGCCAUCGAGAGCCUGGUGAAAAAGCUGAAGGAGAAAAAAGAUGAGCUUGACUCCCUCAUCACAGCUAUCACCACAAACGGGGCCCAUCCCAGCAAGUGUGUGACCAUUCAGAGGACACUUGAUGGACGCCUGCAGGUGGCAGGACGUAAAGGGUUCCCUCAUGUAAUUUAUGCCCGGCUGUGGCGGUGGCCUGACCUGCACAAGAAUGAACUAAAGCACGUCAAAUACUGCCAGUUUGCCUUUGACCUCAAGUGUGACAGUGUGUGUGUCAACCCCUAUCACUAUGAGAGAGUGGUUUCUCCUGGCAUAGACUUAUCAGGGCUGACCCUGACUAGUUCUGGAUCCAGCUCAGCACUGAUGGUUAAAGAUGAGUACGAUUUUGAUGGACAGCAGAGUCUGCCUACCAUUGAGGGAGGGCACUCCAUUCAGACCAUCCAACACCCCCCAUCUGGCAGCCGCCCAGCCCCCUCUGAAUCAUUUGCAACCCCAAACCUGCUCCCACCUGCUGAGGCCUCCACCUCUGCAUCAACGUCGUCCUUCCCUGCCAUUGCUGCUGGAUCAGGCAGUGCCAGCUCCACCUGGUCCAGGAACAGCAGUUUCACCCCCAACAUACCCCACCACACCAACGGUCAUCUACAGCACCACCCUCCUAUGCCACAUCCGACACACUACUGGCCGGUGCAUAAUGAGCUCGCCUUUCAGCCUCCUAUAUCCAAUCAUCCAGCUCCUGACUACUGGUGUUCCAUUGCCUAUUUUGAGAUGGACGUUCAAGUCGGGGAGACGUUUAAAGUGCCCUCUUCUUGCCCCAUCGUGACAGUGGAUGGCUAUGUCGACCCCUCAGGAGGAGACAGGUUCUGUCUGGGCCAGCUCAGUAACGUACAUCGUACUGAGGCUAUCGAGAAAGCAAGGCUUCACAUUGGUAAAGGAGUCCAGCUGGAGUGUAAAGGUGAGGGAGAUGUGUGGGUGCGAUGCCUCAGUGACCACGCAGUGUUUGUCCAGAGUUACUAUCUGGACAGAGAAGCGGGCCGAGCCCCCGGAGACGCUGUUCACAAAAUCUACCCCAGUGCUUACAUCAAGGUGUUUGACCUUCGUCAGUGCCACAGACAGAUGCAACAGCAGGCUGCCACAGCUCAAGCAGCAGCAGCAGCCCAAGCAGCAGCUGUGGCUGGAAAUAUACCUGGACCUGGAUCAGUAGGAGGGAUUGCUCCAGCUAUUAGUCUGUCGGCAGCAGCCGGUAUCGGGGUAGACGACCUCCGGAGGCUGUGUAUCCUCAGGAUGAGUUUUGUUAAGGGAUGGGGGCCCGACUACCCUCGCCAGAGCAUCAAAGAGACCCCGUGCUGGAUCGAGAUCCACCUGCACAGAGCUCUUCAGUUACUGGACGAGGUUCUGCACACUAUGCCUAUAGCAGACCCACAACCCCUGGACUGAGAUCUUUGUAAUUGCAGCAUCACACCGCAACAUACAGUGGCAACGGAUAGUCUUCCUAAGUGAACUGUUUUGGGUGGAGAAACCAGUGACAGAGCUGUGAAGCUGUGACACUGAAGCUGCUCCACAUGAAAAAAUACUUUCAGGUGUGUUUGAAGCACCUUUGUGCACUGUGGCCCCUACUUGUGCUUUUUAAGCAAGAGUAAAACUAAAUCCACUAACAACAAAGCCAUAUAUUAAAAAUAUGCUUAUCUAUAUUUUUGAUAGAUGGCUUUGAUUUGUGUUGACUGGAAUGGUGUACUGUAAGACUAGAAAAAUAUAAGUAACUACAAUUAUAAAGCACCACAACAUGCACAUAGAUGACCUGCAGAUCCCUUGAAACUGGAAUGUACACCAACUACUCAGCGUCCCAGAAGUCCACAACCACCAACUACUGACAGGCAUUACUGAACAAUACAAGAACAUCUGAGUGCUGUGCAGCUGUGGUAUGAGAUGACGUGCACAGAGGCUCUCACAUCUACUGUCUGGGCACCAGAGUACUGCUGGUUUUCUGUUGCCAGUUUUCUUUGAAGCUGUUACAGACUGCUUUACACGUGGGAUGACAAGGCAGUUCAGUCGACUGUCAGGCUAAAUAGAAAAGGAGCAGCACUCUGGACUGCAAGGAUAACUGCUUGACAUCAUGCUGAUCGCUGCCUCUCAGCCGCUGGACAGUGUUGAGGACUGCCCAUCUGGAUCAGGUCAUACCAGACAUUCACAGCCAUCCAGGAAUAUUACAGAGAACGAAAUGACAUGCACCGUGCCUAAAGCCGCCCCUGAACUGAAACGCGUCAAGUCUAGGGACUUUUCUGGGUCAGAUAUUGUCAAACUACGGGUUUGGAAUUUAAAAGAUAGUUGAUAGUCUGUGCCAGGUGGGUGUCCAUUGACAAAUCCCCCCCCCCCUUCUCUAUUGGAUAAGAUGUGGAGCAAAACACUCGGUUGAGAAUUUCCUUGUCUACUGUCAUAGCUAAACUAAUGCAGGUUUUUUGGGGUGCUAUAACAUCGUGACAUACAAAGUUAAAUUACCCAUUGGUGAUACAAUAUAUCUCUCUUACUGUCUGACUUACUGUGAUUUUAUCAUUUCUCACUCAAAAAAAAAACCAUGAGUGAUGAAAAGAUGCUCAUUGAAGCAAUCAUUCAUCAUUGGUCACUUUCCACCAUCUGUUUUAGGCAUGGUUACUGUUUUGGAGAACGCCCUCUUUCAUGCUGCCACAAAGGAUGAAUCUCAUACACUCUCUCUGAAUUCCUUCUUGCCUUUUCCCACUUUCCUGCCGAGAGCAGAAAAGAAAACCGCUGGGAUGCUUCUGGUUCAAUAAGCUUGAAGUAAGAAAGCAGAGAAGAGACAGACAGUUGAUCUUAGAUGUCUGAGAUGUAAUGACAGUACAAGGGACAGGGUGUAUCGGUGUUUUGGCAAACCAAAAACAUACUUUAAAUUUAGUAUGAUCAUGGGAGCAAGAAGUCUACUCAGCUGCUGGGCUUUGCCUCAGCUACGUUUAUAUGGAGGUUCCUUUAAUUGAAUUUUAAUGGUAUUUAUUUUUAUUUGUAUUCAUUUCAUUUUAUUGAGUUUUAAUCUCCAAGUAAAGCUGACAGUCUCUGCACACUAGCUGAGAAUCACUGUACUUAAAAAUCUUAUGACUUACAGCCCACUUACAUACUGCUUGAUCCAGGUGUCUUGUGUAUAGUUUAAUGAUAAUGAUGAGAGAAUUUAAGACAGUUUCCCAGCAAUAUUGAUAUAUUUUCUUGCUUUUAUUUUUGUUACUUUUAUUAAUCGUAUUAUAUUUUUAGCACUUUAAUUUUUUCUUGAUUUUAAUCAAAUAACCCUUAUUUUGAGGUGGUUGUUCUGCGAUAUGAAUAAUAAGGGAGUGAAUAGGUUGGUGUAUAUUUUAUGUAGGAUUGUGAGCAGAGGCAACAUUGUGAUGCAUUUGUUUUGAAAACGUCUAACACUAAGACACCUUGUUAAAAAUCUUUUUUGCCCUUUCAAUCCAUACAUUUACACACAUCUGUGGGGAUUCCUUUGGCUGUCCUGGGUUGUCUCUUUCUCUUUGAGUUGUAGUUUUUUUCUUUUUAAUCCAUGUAAAUAACUUUGUUUUUGAAAUGCAUGUCAAUGUUUGCAUGAAUUUUAAUGGCAAAUAGACCCUUUAUCCCUAACCCUUAUUUGAAUUAGAGUACUUCACUUUCCCUGCAUUACACGGGGAAACUGGACUAUGAGGAGAGUAGAAGCCAGCACCUGCUGUAUACUGGUGUGUUGUGUGUUGCGGCUUUAUGAGAACAGCACUGAAGGCACAGAGGGAAGCUACAUGGUAUUUAGUAAGUAAUUGAUGUGAAGGAUUACAUUUAAUUAUAUAAACUCAACUUUUUAGCAGACAAGCUCCUUAAAAAUGCAGUUUGUCUCCCAAAACCUAAUUUUGUAUAAAUACAGCACCACCUCCUCCUUCAGUUAGUGUGCAGCCUCUCUUUGAAAGUGAAAUAAGUACAAACGGGAUAUUUUCUCUUUCUCCGGAGUUUAAACGGGUGAAGGUGGUUUUUCUUAUAGAUUACACACGUUGAUUUAGGAAUAUAAAUUUCAUUUAUUCUCCUCAUGUUGAGACUCACAAACAUCUGUUCAUGCUCAUUAUUUUUCACACCGAACGACCAUACAGAAUGUUCUUUCUGAUCAUCUGGCGACAAAGCUAUAUGACGAGGAUUUUUUUUAACAAUUUUUGUUUUAGUCCCUACACAGGUGUGUUCUUUUUUUUUUUUAAUAACACUGUUUUAGUGGGUUAUAGUUGAAAUGGGAAAACACUAAUUGGAUUUUUUUAAGGUUAAGUGGAAAUUCGAGGUCUGUUUGUCGCAGGAAAAUAUCCACUUUGGUUUCUAGAUGACCAAGCAAAACUGAGCAGAGGGUUGCUUUGUCUCUCUCAGCCCAAUCAUUUGAUCAUUUCACUUUAAUUUGAAAAGCAUUGUUAAAAAGGUUUGUCCUACAUCGGGGAAUAAAGGAGUCAAACGUUAGAAUUUAUUAACAUAAUUAUGCAUCCAAUUGAUCGAAUGGCAGGAAAAAGGAUAUUUUCUGCUGAUAUGUUACUGAAAGAACUGAUGCUGAAUUCUGUAUGGAGAAAUAAUAUGUUAUAUUCUGUUGUGCUUAAGGUGGACAGAUGUUUUUAUAAUACUUGCAGUUAUUAUAGGAACUUAAAGACACAGCUCAGAUGAGUUGAUGUUGACUACUAUGACACAUUGCAGAUAUAAAUUUUACCCAGUUUCUUAUGUGAGAGUCUAUAAUUAAACAUGGCCUGAUAUUCUCUAA